GUUAUAUUUUAUUUUGCAAUUCCAACCUUAAUUGCAGCAUAGCACUGAUUCGCGGAUAAUAAACUACCUGCGUCUCUAGCAAUUUAGAAUGUUUAGCAAUAAGCGAGUUUGUAAAUAAAAAUUUCUAAGAAGUUAUUUAUUGAACAAUUACCAGUCUGCAUCAAAGUAGUUGGGCGACAAAACGAAUAAACAAAAGUCGAAUUAACUCACAUUUGUUGACUUGUGCUAAGCCUAUGUGAGAUCCAAGUUUAGUUUUGUCGUUAAACGGAAUUCAUAUCAAAUUAGUAAAAGUUAAAAACAUAGGAGUCUUUGAGGAUGGAACUUCCAAGAUUUGUAAAACAAGGCACAUUAUGUGAAGAUUCUUUUAUGGAUAAUCUUUUUAAAAGAAGAUGCGCAGAAAAGGUUCCAAGAGAGAAAACAGCGAAACGUCCAAUGAACUCAUUUUUGCUUUGGGCAAAAUCUGUAAGGAAAAUGUAUGCAAGUGAAAACCCUAAUCUAAGCAACACUGAAAUAAGCAGACUGUUAGGCAAAGUUUGGAAAGAAAUGAGUGAAGUUGAGAAAUUGCCGUUUAUUCAAAGUGCAAAGUGUCUUCGAACUAAGUUUAUACAAGAUAAUCCAAAUUAUCAUUACUUCUUUAAAAAAAGGAAAAUCAAUCAACUAAAUAAUACAAGUUUUUCUAAAAUGGCUUCCAAAUUAACAAGUAAUGAUUUAAAUGCAUACAAAAUUUUUAAAUAUUUAAACAUGAGUGAAAUUAUAGAACACAAAGAUUUGAAAAGCUUUGGCUACCUUCAAAGCGUAUUCGCAGCUUAUCAGAACGAAAGGAACGGCAAUCAAAAUACAUUUUCGCCUAAAAUUCUUUCAAAAAGCAUUAGUAAUAACUUCAUUUCGAAUGUUCAAUUAAAUGCUAAAUCAAAUAAAAAUAAAAGUGACAGAUUUGAUGAAAAUCAACAAACGCACAAAGAAACAACUACGCUGCAUUACUAUUCAGAUGAAGCACAACAUAGCUGUGAAAACUCUUUCAACAUCAAUAACGAAGAAGAUUUUAAUCAAAAUAAUCAAAUAAAAAAAAGAGAAGAUGUUAUUGAACUUGACUCUGAACUUAGAGAAUUUUUUAUGUCUCUUGAGAAAGGCUUUGAUUAUGAUGAAUGAAUAAUUGUUAUUUUGUUAAACAACUUUAUUACUAAAACUUUAAAUAUGUUUUUAA